AUGGGGGACUCUACUCCUAAUCAGGCAAAGAAGCAGCUGAACGGCAUCACCUUGCUCUGCCUGGCUUUUGUUAUAUGUAAUAGCUGGGCUGGUAUUGCCGGGAGCCUUCAGCUAGCACUCCUGGUCGGAGGACCAGCCACCCUUGUCUACUCAAUCCUCGUCGCCACUACAGGCUACGUUGCCAUAGCAUUAUCAAUGGCAGAGUUAGCAGCCGUUUACCCAUCAGCAGGUGGGCAAUAUCACUUUGCCUCUAUCCUCGCUCCAGAGCGAUGGAGACGAGGGGUGUCAUAUACGUGUGGGUUAUUGGCGCUUUUCUCAUGGCUCGUUAUUGGAGUUUCUGUCACUAGCAUUGCGGCUCAGCAACUCUUGGCUUUGGUAUCUACCAGUAUCUCGGAUUUUGUGCCUCAAUCCUGGCAUGUUUUCUUUGUUUACCAAGGAUUUGCGCUGUUUGCAAUGCUAUACAACGCCUUUAUCCUCAAACGGAACCCUUGGACUCACAACCUUGCGUUUAUUCUUUCAAUUGCUCUAUUUUUUGCGUGUUUCAUUCUCUUACUGGUAAGAGGGAACCCGAAGGAAUCCCAUGAGUUCGUCUGGAACACAUUCAUGAAUUAUACUGGAUGGCCAGAUGGCGUGUGUUUUCUCAUCGGUCUCUCGACGUCUUGCUACAUGUACAAUGGCCUCGAUGGUGCCAUGCAUAUGGCCGAGGAGUCCAGCAAUCCAGAAAUCGUCGUACCCCGCACUAUGAUGGGUGCGAUUGGAAUUGGCUUCACCACUGGGUUUGCCUAUGCUGUGGCUCAAGUUUAUGCCAUAUCUGACAUUGAAGAAGUCAUGACCACCACUCAGUGGGUUCCGUUUGUAGUCAUGGAGCAAGGGUUCCGAUCUCGCACGAUCGCUAUAGUCAUAGUCUCCCUCAGCAUUGUCAUGGCGAUGACUAUUAUAAUUGCCACUCAGGAGGCAUCGUCUCGCCUGGCCUGGUCUCUGGCACGCGACAAGGGGCUAUUAUUCUCACAGCACCUCCAGGAUAUUCAUUCGCACUUGGACGUUCCCAUAUGGAGCUUACUCCUAGUCUGGCUGUUGACAUUCUUAUGUGGCUUCUUAUAUCUCGCUUCGAAAACGGGCUCGUCUGUUAUUCUUCAGCAGUUAUCAUUCAUCAUACCUAUUCUUCUAGUAAUUGCUCGAAAGCGAUCAACGACCUACUUGUCCCCUGCACGCAGCUUCCGUAUGCCCAGUUUCUUGGGCUGGAUUGUUAAUAUCUACGCGGUUGCAUUCAUUACUCUCAUGACUAUUAUACUAUGUCUGCCAGUCACUAUCCCGACGGAUGCUUCUACGAUGAACUACACAUGCGUGGUUUUAGGAUUUUGUCUUUUGCUCGGUCUGGCUAAUUGGUGGCUGCAUGCCAAAGAACAGUACAUUGGCCCCGCAAUAGAAAGGUGGGAGGGCCGUGAAGCUGAGCUGACUGGUACCUUCACCAUCCCUUCUCAGCCAAAAAGUGUGAAUGAAGGAAGUGUUUAG